AGUAGCAAAUUUACAGUUGGAAUGGCAGACAGUAGUCAAGAUCAGUCGUGGAGAAAUGAUUCAUAUAGACAAAAUGUCAGAGCCAGAAUUGAAGAUGCAGUGCAACAAGCAGGAAACCCUACAAAUAAAAGUGUGGUGGAGUUGGAAAAUCACAUUUUUCAAAAAGCAAAUACUAGAGAAGAAUACUUGGAGUAUGUAGCCCGUGUGAUGCUUCAUGUUCGAGAUAUGAAUCCAAAAAAAGCAGCACAGAAAGGACUACAACCUGGCCAAGCCAUGCCUACUGGGGCUGGAGGUCCUGGUGGCCAAGAUCCUAUGUUGGCUUUAAAAACUUUGGCAGGUCCAGGGAGUGGUCCAAACCAACCUCAGGUUACCCAGUUAGGAAUACAAGUACUAGGAGGAGCAGGAAGUGGACAGUCUCAACCACAACUUGCAAUGUCUCAGCCAGGACUGGUUGGAAGUUCUGCUCCCAAUGUGGUUGCCAACUCAAUUCCACAGCAAGGGCUAAAUCCUAUGGUUGUGACACCUAGUGGUCGAUGGCCACUAGGGAACUUGAUGACCAGUCAACAGCAAAAUCAAAGACCAUUAUUAAAUCCCAACAUGCAACUGCAUCUGCAAAAAUUACGCCAACAGCAACAGCAACAACAAGCUCAGUCAGCACAGGCCCAUCAGCAAAGCCCUUCAACUACUCAGUACCCAACUCAGAUGUCACAGCAGUCUGGUCCCACUCAGUUUCAAGGACAUAGUCCUGCACCUGUGUCUGUAUCAAGUCAGGGAUCCACAGGAAGCCAGUCUGCCGUACCUUCUCCAGCAAACCAGCAUCCUUCGAGUGUUGCAAGCUCUCAGAUGGUGGCAUCUCCUGCAGGCUACACUCCUAGUCCUUCAUCUCAGAUAGUUCCGUCUCCUGUCGGCAGCAUGAUUGGAAGGACUCCGGGAACAGUGGGAGUAGCUUCGCCAGGAAGUGCAUUAAAUACUCCAGCUAAUUUAGGUUCGAAUGCUAGUCCUGCAAGCAGGACUCCACAAGACGAUCAAGCUUAUUUAGAGAAGCUGAAGCAGUUAUCAAAGUACAGGGAGCCUCUGAGAAGAAUGAUUGCUCGGAUCGAUAAAGAUGAAAAUCGUAAGAAGGAACUGAGCAAGCUGAAGAACCUUCUUGAUAUUUUGUCUGAUCCAAAUAAAAGGUGCCCCAUGGAAACUCUCCUAAAGUGCGAACAUGUUUUGGAGAAGUUGGAGUUAAAGGAACAGGCUGUGAGUAUAUUAACGAGUAUCGUCAUUCAGAAAUUUUAUUUAUCAAAUACUUGCAUGGACAGUCUGUAUCAUACUGGUAGGUUCCCCAGCCCACCACUAAAGAAGAAGAAAGUAGAAGAGGAAGGGACCGACAUAUUGCAGGGAGAAAUUGCACGGUUAGACCAGAGGUUUAAGGUACAACUUGACCCAGUUCAGCACAGUGGUUCUCGAACAGUUCACUUGAUCUGUCAGUUAGAUGACAAGAACUUGCCCUGUGUUCCUCCAAUCAUGAUCACUGUACCAGAAACGUAUCCUGACACCCCUCCACUGUGUAAUGCUCAUAAACCUGAAUAUGAGUCAACUCCGUUCCUCCAGACUAUCCAAAAGAACUUGACGUUGAGGUUGAACAAGAUGGCUGAAAAGUUUUCAGUGACCUCUCUCUUAGAUAUGUGGGAAAUGAGUGUUCGUCAGGCAUGUUCUCCCAGGCCCGCUGUUGCUGUGUAGGAUCACUUUUAUCUUCUGUUUAGAAUUAGUGCUGUAGCAGUGAAGAUUAGUUGGAAUAAUUUUCCACCUCUUUAUAUAUUUCUGUGUAAUAUAAAGGACUGGAUUAAUAUGCACCAUAUAUAGGCCAGGCUUUCUGUCUAUACUAUCAGAAUAACACUACAUUGGCUGGGAUAAAUUUAAAACCUAUAUUUAUUACAGAAGUAGCUCUAGUUUCUGAAUAGACUUAAAAAUCUAUACUUUUGGUGUGGAAGUUACAGUAAAAACAAUUGUAUUUUGUCUUGUUAAACAUUGCUUUAGUAUUAGGGAACAAGAUAUUUCACCUUAUUCUUAGCAAAGAGGUCAUUAUGUAUAUUUUUUGCCUUGAAUCACUGCAAAUGUUAGGAAGAAAAAUAAAAUUUCUGUAUUUUUUCCUGAA